AUGUUGGGACUUACACGAGCAAAGAACCAAUCUCCCGCGGAAGAUACCUUCCCGACCGGUCAAUUCCUCGUUCUAGCAAUAUGUCGUCUCGCGGAGCCCGUUGCCGUUACCUCCAUCUUCCCAUAUGCCUGGCUGAUGGUCAAGCAAUUCGGUAUGGCUGACGCGUCCUUUUGGGCCGGCGUUCUCAUCGCCUCCUUUUCCCUCACCGAAGCUCUCUGCUCGUUACUAUGGGGAGGACUCUCGGAUCGCAUCGGAAGAAGGCCAGUUCUCCUCUUUGGCUGCUUUGGGACAAUGAUUUCACUUUUGAUUGUGGGCUUUUCCACCAGCUUCACCAUGGCUCUUUCCGGGAGAAUCCUCGGCGGUGCGCUCAAUGGAAACAUCGGAGUGAUACAAACUAUGGUCGGAGAGCUCACGACCAAACCAGAAUGGGAGCCCAAGGCAUAUGCCAUCAUGCCAUUCGUAUGGGCCAUUGGUACAAUUAUUGGACCUGCAAUCGGCGGCAUUUUUGCCAACCCUGCAGCGUCCUACCCAGAUGCCUUUUCCAAACAAGGGCUUUUUGGUCAAUUUCCUUGGCUUCUCCCGAACCUCAUCUGCGCUUUGCUCAUGCUUGUUAGCAUUCUCAAUGGCUACCUGUAUUUGAGAGAAACUCAUCCCGACCUUGCUGGUGCGCGCGACUCCAGCGUCUACCAGAAUAUCGCCGAACAAACCCGUAUCAUCACUGCCGCAGGUGCUACUGCUGAUAAUGCCGUUGAUCUGAGGCAAGAAUCGUACGGGACGUUCAAUGAGAUCGACGUCCAGAAGAAUGAUCAAUGGCAGGUCAACGCCGACGGGACCUCGCGCGAGCCCUCUAUAAGCGAGAAGACAUCCCCCAAAUGGCUUACUAAAAAGGUCGUGAUGCUGACGCUUGCUCUCUCGAUCUACACGUACCAUUCGAUGUGCUAUGAUCAUCUCCUCCCCAUAUUCUACCAGGACAAGGCUGUCAACCAAAUAUCCAUCGCAGCUAGUGGUCUGGUGGAUAUCCCAGGCGGCCUUGGGCUGUCCACGCGAGAUGUCGGAGUGAUCAUGUCCGUCAACGGCGUUAUCGCUUUGUUCAUUCAAGCGGUCAUUUUCCCCUUUACCGCCGAGCGUCUUGGUAUUUGGCGCGUGUUUGUUCUUGUCACGAUUCUGCAUCCAGUGGCGUUUUUCAUUGUUCCAUACUUAGCACUUCUUCCGUCACACCUGCUCUACCCGGGCAUCUAUACCUGCCUGACCAUCCGCAACUUCCUCUCGAUCCUCGAUUACCCAGUAAUUUUGAUCUUACUGAAGCAGGCGAGUCCAUCGCCUGCCUACCUGGGACGUAUCAAUGGUCUGGCCGCUUCGGCCGGGGCGGCCUGCAGGACUGUGGCGCCGCCGAUUGCCGGUCUCUUGUAUGAAUGGGGCUCCAAUAUUGGGUUUACUGGUCUGGCGUGGUGGUUUGCUGGGUUUGUUGCCAUCGUUGGCGUUUUUCAGUUGUGGUUUGUUCCGAGGGAGAAGAACAACGAGGUGACUGUGGUCAAGUCGAUCGUGCCUUGUUUGGACAAUUCUGCUGGGGAAAGGGUUUCGGACGUGGUUGAUGUUACUGUGUUGGAUGACGAAAAUGGUGACCACAACCACGAAUAUGCCUAUGCCUGA